GGGGUGGUGGAUGGAGGAGAGCAUCGCCUCAGCAGGAUGUGUAUAAGUAAGAAAGUCCUAUUGUAUACCGCUCGUAAUUGAACUCUAUUCCCGUCUAUUCAGACAAUCCUAUCAUAACAAUGGCUCCCGCUACUUGGGCUGAUCGUCCUGUACCUCUCCUUCCCACGCCGCAGUACUUGACCAAAAAAUCCGAUGACUACACCGUCCAAGCCUCCGUCAUGGCCACGAUCCACAACGCCUUCAUCCGUUGCUUCAACACCAUCUACCUCCAAGCUCUCCACGUCCAGCCUACCGAUUACCCAACGUUCGUUGGCUACGCCGAGGCGUGGGUCAUCGGCCUGGCGUCCCACCACAACGGCGAAGAAGAACACUUCUUCCCCGAGCUCCGCAAGCGGACCGGCGACGACCAGCUCAUGACGGAGAACGAAGAACAACACCACCGCUUCCACGGCGGCAUGGAGCGCUACCGCGCGUAUCUGGCCGAAGUGAAGCGGUCGCGCGGCUGCCGGGACUUCGACGGCCGGAAGCUCAUCGGCAUCAUGGAUUCGUUCAAGGACGCGCUGAUGGAGCAUCUGGCCGACGAGAUCCCGACGAUCCAGGCGCUGGAGAAGUACGCGGGCAAGCUCGACUUGAACCAACUGAUGGAGGAGACGGCCGAGCAUUCCAUGGGGUCCAUGCCGAAGCUGAGCGUGAUCCCCGCCGUGUUCUUGAACCACGAUGUCACGUAUGAGGGAGGACUCAUGGCGGACUUCGGCAAGUUCCCCGCCGUCAUGGAGUUCACCCUCCGCCGAAUUUUCCCCUUAUGGAACUAUGAAUGGUGGAAAUUCGCUUCGUGCGACAAGACUGGUCACCCCAAGGGACUCCACUGUGUGGGAUAGGGUUGGCACAGCGUCGA